UUAUCCUUGUAACACAGCAUUAGUAGUAUUAAGAAGCUGAAGGGCAGCUGAAAAACCACAGUGCUGACCCAAACGCUGCAGGACAGCCCUUCCCCACAGCACGGAUUCCCAUCACCAGGUGCCAAACGUGCCACCCAGCCCUGGGACACCACAUCCUGACCAAGCACAAAGCGUCCCACACCGCGGCACGUUUUACACAGCGAGGUGGUGCAACCCGAGGGCGAGCAAGGAGCGCAGCUGAUCCUCCCUGGGCACACGGUACAGGGCCCGCUCCGCAGCAUGCUCGGGCACCUGAGAAGUUUUGGUCAUCACUGUGGAAUUCCUGGUAUGAGAAUGCAGACGGUCAGAGUAGAGAGUUGAUCCUUGCUGAACAACUGUAAUCAUGAAGGCGGUUCUUAUAAUUGUCCUAAUCAUCUUCACUUUGCUGUCUUCAGGGAAGAAGUUUCGAUGGUGCACUCUAUCUGAUCUAGAACAGAGAAAGUGUGCUGAGCUGUCCAAAGCACUAACAGCUGUGCUGCCUGUUACUGACACCAAUUCAUUUGCCAGGAUUUCUUGCAUCAGAGCCCACAAUACCUAUGACUGCAUUGAUAAAAUCAGAGUGAAUAAAGCAGAUGCUGCUUCUCUGGAUGCAGGAGAUGUUUACUCUGCUGUAAAGCUAUAUGGUUUGACCAUUGUGGCAAAGGAGGUCUAUGAACAAGGAAGUUGUGUUUUUGCUGUGGCUGUUGCCAAGCGAGGAACUUUGGAUAUCCAGAGGCUACGAGGUGUGCGCAGCUGCCACAAUGGAGCCAGGUGGACCUCAGGCUGGAAUAUUCCACUUGGAUUUCUCCUUGCAAGAAGUGAUCUUUCCUGGGAUAAGGCACAACCCCUGAGCCAAGUAAUCAGUGAGUAUUUCAAUGCAAGUUGCAUCCCUGGAGUUGGUGUUGCUGCUCCUCAACUGUGUGCUCUUUGCCAAGGACAAAAAUCAUAUGUCAGAGACAAGAACCACUUCUGUGAGACCAGCAGCAACGAACCCUUCUAUGACUCUGAUGGAGCUUUCAGGUGCUUGAAGAAUGGAGUAGCAGAUGUUGCCUUUUUAGAUCACCUGACAAUUAUGAGAGCCACAGAGUCAGAACAACAAGAAUACGAACUCUUAUGUCCUGAUGGGACUACAGCUGAGCUGAGCAAAUAUGACACCUGUAACUUGGGCAAGGGGCCUGGCCGUGGCAUCAUCAGCCGCCACAAUUUCCAGAAGAUCACCAACAAAUUUCUUACAAUGAUUCAACGCCUCUUUGGUCGAAAAGGAAAGGAAAGAGCCAGAUUUGAACUUUUCAAUUCAUCAUCCUUUGGGGGAAAGAACCUUCUCUUUCGAGAUGCCACUCAGCACCUGCAACUUCUGGAGGAGCAGCUAGAAAUUGCAUAUGUCCUUGGUCUGGAUUAUGUAGCUCUCCUUAAGGGACUAGGUCAUGAAGGGAGUUCCUUGGACAACAGUGUUGUGCGCUGGUGCUGCAUCAGCAAUGCUGAGCUUCGCAAAUGUGAGGAGUGGGCACUGAGCAUCAAAUCUGACCCUUUAGUCUGUGUCCAAGCAACUUCCAUGGCAAACUGCAUUGAAAUGAUCAAGAGUAGCGAGGCUGAUGCAGUCACUCUGGAUGCAACACAUGUCUACAUUGCAGGGAGGUGUGGAUUGGUGCCUGUAGCUGCAGAAUGUUAUGGGCAGGUUUGUGCUCCAGCUGCUGAGAGCACAGAGGAAAUGAGGAAACUUCAUCUAGAGCUCAAAGAACUGUCACCUGUCUAUGCUGUAGCCCUAGCUAAGAAAAGUGCCAAACAGAUUAACAUCCAUAACCUUCGGGGAAGGCGAUCAUGCCACAGCCACCUGUAUAGUCCUGGAGGAUGGUUACUUCUUUCCAAAUACACAGUGGGACCUCUGGGAAGUGAUACUGAGAGCUGUGAUAUUGGAGCUGCUUACCAGAAUUACUUUUGGAAGGGCUGCAUGCCAGGAGCAGAUGGAAACCUGUGCAAAGUGUGUAUUGGAGAUAGUGAGGUGGAAGGAGCUCGAGUAUCUAGCAGAUGUGCUGCAAGUCACAAUGAACGCUACUAUGGCAAUAUGGGAGCACUCAGGUGCUUAGUUGGCAAUCCCAGUGGAAGAAGCUUUGGAGAUGUAGCUUUUUUGGAACACUCAAACCUACUCUGGAACAUAGAGAGUCUGGAUAGCUCUGGUUGGACAAAAGGUUAUACAGCUAUUGACUUUGAACUCUUGUGUCCGGAUGGAACGCGUGCUGCAGUCACAGAAUGGGCUGCCUGCAACCUUGGGCCCAUUCCUCCCAGCACAGUCAUGACCCGACCAGUCACUGUCACUAAAAUCUAUGACUUCCUAAUGAAAUCUCAGGAAUUUUUGAGGACCAAGCUGGAUUCUGAAUUCCAUCUCUUUCAGUCAGAAAAAUAUGGUGACAAUGAUCUGCUUUUCAAAGAUGCUACUCAGUACCUUGUUCCUGCAACUCACAUGAGCUAUCAGGAAAUCCUUGGAGAACCUUUCUUUCAGCUGGCAGAAUCAGUGUUUAAUUGUACACCUGCAGCACGGAAUCAUGUGCAACAGCAUUCACGAGUUCACAUAACCCACAGCACAGAACUAGGAUCAUCAGAUUACCUGCUAUGGAGGAUUCAGCAUUUUUUGGGGGGGAACAGCAGGGUCAGUGCAGUGGACUGAAAUACAGACUGUCACGAAUGGCACAGGUUAGUGGGUAGCAGUUUACCUUGCAUUUCCUAUUUUAUCUUCUAAAAACUGUUUCCAUGCAAAAAAAAAAAAAAAAUUCAACUGAUAUUUUGGUAGUUGCAGGAUUGUCUUCCUAUAUUUGAUUUUAAUUGCAAUCCACGUUGAAUACAGAUAUGUAUGAUAGAUUGCUUAUGUAAUCACUAUCAGAAGUCUCUUCUGGUUUUAAUUGGAAAGAAUAUAUUUCCUUUUUUAAUCAAGGAUUUAUACUGGUAAAUCAAAAUACUUUUCUCUCAAAUUCAUAUAGUAAGACACCUAGGAGUGAGCAGAUCUGGAUUCUUGCAGCCUUAAAUUGAAGGGAAGCAAUGGAUAUAUGAGGGCUGCUCCAAAAGUAACACCUCCUAUUUUAUUAGGUUGGCCCAUGAUGUUAGGUGUGAAUGCUGGUGGUACAGCAGUAGAGGUUGAACCUUCCCACCAAUAUUCAGCUACGUUCUGUUGCUGUGUGACAGAAUGGCACCUGACAUGGAAGUGCAUAUGAAGCAAACUUGUGUUGAAUUCUUCCAUGUGGAAAAAAUGGCGCCCUUAGCAUUCACCAAUGCUUGCUGAAUGUUUACAGAGGCUAAACAGUGCCUGUGAGCACAGUGAGGGGGGAGGGGGGGGUGCAUUUCAGCAGUGGUAAUAGUGGGUCACCUCCCCUGGUGUGGGUUUUUACAAGCGUGGCAUGCAGGCUCUUGUUAGUUGCUGACAAAAACACACAGCUAAUAGUGGUGACUGCGUUGAAAAUUACUGUUUUCUAGCUGAGAAUUUGUACUAUCAGAUAGUGUGAUUGUGCUCUUUGUAGCAGUUAUAGUUUCCAUAGAAAUAAACAGGAGGCAUUACUUCAAAGCAACCUAAGUUCUCAGAAACACAAAUCAUUACUUUUCAUACAGUACAUUGACAUUUCUGAUGUGACAAAAGGUGAAUUAAUUAAGCUGACCAUUGUUUUUACAAGCAGAAACUGAAUGUGAUAUUAAGUCUUCUGAAUACAGUGUAUCAUAUCAUAGUUUCGUUUUGCCCAUUAGGGGAGAAAGACUUUCAUGUGGAUGGCAUUAACCACUGCUAGCAAUAAAAGAAAUGCCACUAGUGAAGACCAGCCAGCUGCAAUAGAGAAAGUAAAUCAAUCUCCCCUACAGAGCAAGGAAAAAAAACACAAAACAAAAUAAAACCCCUCAAUUAAGCAAAGCUAGGCAGUAGGAAUCCAAAAUAUUCAGUUAUAAAAUACACUGCUAAAGCGACCUCUUCUUAAGCAGUUUAUUCCAUGCCUAGGUUGCCUUUCCUUUGUUUCAUUUACAUUAGCCUUUUUCAUUUCCCUUUUUCACUUCCUGAGAAAAAAUAAAUUGCACUCUGAGCAGCACUAAGGGUUUUAGGUUCAGUGCUUCACAGCUGAGGCUGUUCUCUAAUUUGUCCCCAUUUGUCAUUAACUAAGCAAAUAACAGAGAGUGGAUGCAAAUCCAAACUCACCUACCUUUAAGAAAGAGAGGCGAGAAAUGAAAUGUAGACGAGUCCCAGUAUGGUAACAGAACAUCAUCUUCAUGUGUGGCAUCGCAGCCAGCAAGCUGUAGCCCUGAUGGAGUGGAGGAAGAGCAGAGUCCGGUUGAGGGCUUUGGAGCGCUCCUUCCCUUUCUUUACUGGAGCUUUCAUGCCACCUGCAGGACUUGGAUAGCAUUGCACUUCAAUCACAGGAACAGCGUGAAGUGCAAGUGCCAGCUUAACUUUUCCAAGAACAGAGUGCUGCUGAAUAUGUAAUACCUGGGUUAAAAAAAACUGGGUCAGAGGCACUGGGUUAUAGGUAAGACCUCAUGGGUGGGGGGAAUUACUUUCUGUUACAGCUCUUACAAAAGCUUGCCUAGCCCUGUUUGACAUUCCUGUGCUUCAGCAUUGAGUUAGAAGCAGUGGUUUGAUUUCUUGCACACGCUGCAUUAUGUGAACCAUGGUCCUGCUCCAAUACUUUUCAAAUACUUUUGAAAUAGUGGGAAUGGUCUGUGCUGUCCUAAUGCUACUAUUAUGAACAGGAGCCUGGUAGUUCAGAGUGUGCUUUAACUUCCACAGGUCCAUUUGCAUUCCUUUUAAAGUAGGGCUGUGGAUAAAGGAGCACUGGAAUUGUUGCUGCUUA